AUGAAGUUCAUGAUUAUAAUUCUAUCAAUAUCCUUAUAUACUUCCUUCAGUUGUGGCCAUAGCCCACCUGGCCGACUCGUGGCCCGCGACACAUCGACAGGCGAAAAUCAAUGUACGCCUGUCACUGACAAUGAUCCGAACACCAAUAUUUUCAACUGCCCGGAUAGUCAUCCAAUCGAUUUGAAUGAUUGUCAGCGCGCUGGUCAGAUAAUGAUUCAAAAUGGAUGGAGUAGUAGCGGGUAUGGAACCUGCGGCGUCUUGUACUUUGGGAAAGACGCCCAGGGGAAACUGGCACCAGUAGUUCCAUACAAAGACUUGACCGCGACCAUUUUAAAGAACUCACUCAACAGCUUUACAGUCGACUGUUGCCCUGAAGUUAAAACCGAGUUCGAACACCCAAUUCAUAGUGAUCUACCUCUAGACCCCGGGACUGCCGACGGUUACACCAUUCUAUGUGUUGGCCGGUUAGACACGCCCUAUCAGGAUGCUAGGCCCCUGGACGACAAAGAUGUCAGCAUCUUGAUAAGAGAUAAUAAGAAAGACUUAGAGUGA